GGUCUGGCAAAACAGCUGCUUUCCUUGUCCCGAUCUUGAAUCAGAUCUACGAAAUGGGCCCUGGAGAGUCAGCCAAUCCUUCAGGAGGUCGGCAGUAUGGCAGAAAGAAAAUGUUUCCAUUGGCGUUGGUUUUGGCACCAACCCGUGAAUUGGCUUCCCAGAUCUAUGAUGAAGCCAGAAAGUUUGCCUACAGAUCUCGAGUCAGACCCUGUGUUGUAUAUGGCGGCGCAGACAUUGGUGCACAAAUGAGAGACCUGGACAAAGGAUGCCACUUGCUGGUGGCCACACCAGGCCGUCUAGUGGACAUGAUGGAGAGAGGCAAAGUUGGACUGGAUCACUGCAAGUUCUUGGUUCUUGAUGAGGCGGACAGAAUGUUGGACAUGGGUUUUGAACCCCAGAUCCGGCGCAUUGUAGAGCAGGACAACAUGCCCCCCUCUGGAAAGAGACAAACCAACAUGUUCUCAGCCACUUUCCCUAAAGAGAUUCAGAUUCUGGCCAGAGAUUUCUUGGAGAACUACAUCUUCCUGGCUGUUGGUCGGGUGGGCAGUACCAGUGAGAACAUCACUCAGAAGGUUGUGUGGGUGGAGGAGCAGGAGAAGCGCUCCUUUUUGCUGGAUCUUCUGAAUGCAGCCAGAGACUCCCUGACACUGGUGUUUGUGGAAACGAAGAAAGGAGCUGAUGCACUGGAGGAUUUCUUGCUGAGAGAGGGCUACCCGGCAACAAGCAUCCAUGGCGACCGCUCUCAGAGAGAGCGUGAGGAUGCUUUGCGUAUUUUCAAGUGUGGAGACAGGCCUAUUCUUGUAGCUACAGCUGUGGCAGCAAGAGGCUUGGACAUCUCUAACGUGCGACAUGUAAUCAACUUUGAUCUGCCUAGCGACAUUGAAGAGUAUGUUCAUAGGAUUGGGCGUACUGGUCGUGUUGGAAACCUAGGUCUGGCCACAUCCUUCUUUAACGAGAAAAACAAGAACAUUGUGCGGGAUUUGCUGGAUCUUCUGAGCGAGGCUAACCAAGAGGUGCCACCUUGGCUGGAGUCUAUGUCCAUGGACGUGCGCUCCACAAUGGGGAUGAGCAGGCGUGGGGGCGGCGGCGUGAGGAGGUUUGGAAACAGUGGAGGAGGUUUUGGAGGGCGAGACUAUCGUCAGCAGAACAAAACCAUGAAACCCAACUUCCCACAAGGAAGCAGUGGAGGAGGAGGCGGCGGUGGUGGUGGCUUUGGUGGCCAGCAGCCAUUCAACAACCACUUCACCAACUUUCCUCCUCCCCAGUACAACUACGGGGGAAGCUACGGGGGCACCUACAAUUCGGCCCCCGCCAGUGACUGGUGGGGGAACUAG